AUGGCUUCUGCAUCUACUCCCCCGCUCCACCCUGCAGAGUUUGCACCUCACCCUACCCAGCUUCGAAACCCCAAACUCUACACCAUUGACGAACAUCCUCUCCUCAAGCCUGAAAUCCUUGCCGUCGUAUUCUCUUUCCUCGCCGAGAAGAGCAACGACACCGAUAACAAUGAUGAUGACAACGGCGACAGCGACGGCAACGACAACGACAGGAACAUCUGGUCGCUCGCGCAGGCUACAGAGGUCUGCCGUCAGUGGUGGGAGGAAGGCCAUCAUCUCCUCUGGCGUAAGAUUCAAGUUCGCGACCUUCUCUUUUACGUGAGAGAUCCCGCUCGUCGCUCUUACUACGCCUCGCUCGUUGAGGAGCUCGUUUUCGAGCCUGACGACCAUGUUCUCUCCACUACCAGGAUGGCGAAUGCAUCCCUGAGCUUCCCGCGUCUCCAGUCUGUGAGGCUGAACGAGACAAACAUUCUCAACGUUCGCCAUGAGAAUCUGUCGAGCUUGUUGACAUCCACAUUACGGUUGUUGUCAUUCCACGGCGACGCUGAAGUGUAUCACCCCACCCGCGACAGAGAUGAUCAAGUCCUCUUCAAUUCAUUGCUAGCAAGAUGCGGCAGCCUCGUAACUCUGAAAUUUGACACUUGGUGCCACGACUCGAAAUGGCCAACAAACCUUUCCAUUGUAGAGCGCAGUACCUCUAUUGAACAUCUUACUCUUGGCUAUGUCCUCGAGCGUAUCAUGGCUAAUCACCCACCUGAUGAUACGUUGCACAAGCUGUUCAACAAACCACGACUUGUGUCAUUGAGCUUUCCUCAAGGGGUAGACGUCUCUCAAACAGCCGUUGAUACAUUGCUUGCCACAAUGGGUCGCAAAUGGUUGCUUCCUUCUCUGCGCCUUUUGAGAAAACCUGGUUUCGACUGUGGUAUGGCAGCUGCCCGACUCAUUGGCUGUCUGCCAAACCUUGUUGAUCUUAGCUUCUCGAUCACUCGCUGGGAUAUCGACCUUGAAUACGCCUUCAUCGCAGUCGGUAUGCUGGAGAACCUGCAAACCUUGGACAUGGACAUCAACAUCUACAACGGUGAUUUGGACGGCUCGUGGCUUAUUCAUCUCGCUGGUCUCAAACAUCUCAAGUGGCUAUGGUUGGAGUUCGAUGAACCAGGCACAAUCUCCCUUACUGGUACGCAGCUCGCAUACUUCUUGACUGGCCUGCCCAAGCUUGAAAUUCUGUCGCUCGCUUUUGGCUCCCCGGUGGUGUCCUGCUUGCCAGUGGAGAAGACCACUAUCGAAAGAGCAAUCGCCAGGAUCGCUACUGUCAAUAUCGAAGACAUGACCUUCGUCACUCAAGAAGCACCUUGA